CUGUACAGGAGUCACCUCCAGAUGGCAUAUAAAUAUCUUUAUAAGGCCUGACGCUCCUCUCCUGCAAGCUCUCUUCGAGGAAAAAUGGCUCUGAAAGCUGGGGGUAAAACUCACAAACAAGAAGGACCUCAACACCCCUUUGGCUGCCCCCAGAUGAGGAUUGUCCUGCUGGGUAAAACAGGAGUGGGGAAAAGUGCAGUUGGAAACACCAUCCUGGGCAGGAAACAGUUUGAAUCUGCGCUCAGAAGUGCUUCAGUCACCAGUCAAUGUCGAAAGGAAGAUGCCAUAGUAUUUGAUAGACCCAUUGCUGUUAUCGAUACCCCAGGUCUGUUUGACACUGAGCAGCCCAACAAUGAAAUACAGAAAGAGAUAGUGAAAUGUAUCCAGGUCUCCUGUCCAGGGCCACAUGCUUUUCUCUUGGUGAUGCAGCUGAACAGAUUUACAAAUGAGGAGAGGGUGUGUGUCGAAGCUCUGCAGGAGAUCUUUGGUGAAGAAGCGAAUAAAUUCAUGAUUGUCCUGUUCACCCGUGGAGAUGACCUCCAAAACCAAUCUAUUCAUGAAUUUGUCAGGGAUGCCAACUCACACCUGAAGGAGGUGAUCAGGAAGUGUGGGGACAGGUACUGUGUCUUUAACAACAAGAAACUCUCCAACAGGGACCAAGUGAAAGAGCUGCUGGACAUGAUUGACAAGAUGAUGGCCCUGAAUGGAGACAGCUUUUACACCCAGGAGAUGUACAAGGAGGCAGAGGCAAAGAUCACGGAGAAGGAGGAGGAGAUCAAGAAAGCAGCCAUAGAGAAGAGAAGACUGCAUAAGGAAAAACUAGAGAAAGAGCGAUUAGAGAGAGCAGAAAAACUUGCAGUAGAGCUGAGAAGUGCGGUGGACAAGGAGAUUGAAAAGAGGUUGUCUGUAAUCAGGAUCGAAUUUGAGCAGGAGCUGAGAGAAGCUAGAAGAAAGGCAGAGGAAUCUGAACUCCAAUUGAGUUUCGUACAAAAACUCAAGAUGAAGGUUUCAAAUGCUUUCAGGAUUGUAAAGAAAUAAAUGGGUCAUAUUUCUGAAUGGUGAAGCUGUAUACAUUUAAGAUCUUAAUUUCAAUGUUGUGUAGGUGUAAGUCCUGCUGACACUUGAACUGAAUUCUUGCUGAUUUGAAAUGAAUUUUUCAUUGUAGUAUAAAAAUACAUAAAAUCACUCUUGAGAUAAUACAUGUAUUUUGUGUAUUAAGUGCUUUUAUAUGAUAUAUUUAUGCUUUAUGCUUACGUCUAAUCCUUUUAGAAUAUGAUGGGAAGUGGGUAUUACAUGAAUAUAGUUUAUUACAAACACAACAUACUACAUUUAUUUUUACUAACAGUCAAAGAUUUCAUAUUAUGAUAAUACAUACUCUUCCUUGAUGCUUCAAAA